AUGUUUCACUUCUUAUUGUUGUUGAGCAGACAGGGAAAGGUGCGAUUGGCUAAAUGGUACUCAUCGUUCACGACCAAAGAGAAGGCAAGAUUCUCGAGAGAGAUAUGCAAUAUGGUGCUCACUAGACCACCCAAGCUCUGCAACUUCUUGGAGUGGAAGGAGUAUAAGAUCAUCUUUAAGCGAUACGCCAGUCUAUACUUUGUGGUCUGUGUCGAUCGUACAGACAAUGAACUCAUUGUAUUGGAAAUCAUUCAUCACUUUGUAGAGAUUCUGGAUCGCUACUUUGGAAAUGUUUGUGAGCUCGAUUUGAUCUUCAACUUCCACAAAGCAUACUAUAUAUUAGACGAACUGAUCAUGGCAGGAGAGUUGCAAGAGACAAGCAAGAAAACAGUACUUCGAAUCAUUGCACAACAAGACGCUCAACAAGAGAAUCCGGCGGAGCACAAGGUUGAUCUA